AUGUUUUUCGCCAACAUCAUCAUCGGCCUUGCUACUGCAGCCAGUCUGGCUGUCGCCGCUCCCACUCCAAACACUGAGAUCCGUUCUCCAGACGUCGAAGGGGGUCCUGGAUCUUCGUCUUGGCCCCCUAGCUGGAAACGUGAAGUCGAAGGUGGUCCUGGAUCAUCUUCGUGGCCUCCUAGCUGGAAGCGUGACGAAGAAAAGCGUGACGUCGAGGGCGGUCCGGGGUCCUCAUCUUGGCCCCCCAGUUGGAAGCGUGAAGAAGAAAAGCGGACAGAGGAAGGCGGCCCUGGAUCGUCUUCAUGGCCUCCCAGCUGGAAGCGCAAGGAAGAGGGCGGCCCAGGAUCUUCUUCUUGGCCCCCUAGCUGGAAACGCAAUGAGUAA